AUGGACCGAGGUGAGCCCUCAUUGAAACCAGAAUGGCUGGUGCGCGGGGUUGCCACACCGACAGUAGCUGCCACAGGCUUCCGGCCAGGAAUUUCGCCCCGUGCAGAUGAUCAAGACAGGGGUGCUUCAUCAAGAAACCGAUCUUCAGGCCGUGAUCGUGAACGGAACUCCCAACAGUCCUCUUCACGCAGGGGUUCUGGCCAAAGUGUGUCCAGACGGCAUGACCGGGAUGGAACAGUGAAGUCAAGAGGGUAUGCUAGUUUUGGAAGGAGCAACAGGGACAGGGGUUGUGACAAGGAUUCUGAUUUCCGUGAUUGGGAGAGUAGAUUGGGUCUUGCAGGUGACCCACUGCGUGAUGGCUUUGGGCCCUUUAACUCAUGCAGACCCGAAAGCGAUAGGCUUAAUCGUAUUCGUCCAAAGUUGGACACAUUGAAUCGAGCAUCUGGAGUAAGUUUGGACAAUGGUAAUCUGUCUAGAAAGGAUGCUGGCGGCAUGUCCUUUGAGCGAGAAUUCCCACACCUUAGUUCUGAGGACAACAAUGGAAAACAUGAUGUAGUUAGAGUUCCAUCUCCUGGAAUUGGCUCCCCAAUUCAGAGCAUACCAUUGGUUACUGCGCCUGAUGGCUGGAACUCAGUGCUAGCAGAAGUCCCUGGACUUAGUGAGCCAAGCAAUACCCAGACCUCUUCUGCUUCAUCACGUGCUGGUUCCAGUCAGCAGCUUGUAGUGUCGAACUGUGGGACUGCCUUAAGCAUGGCUGAAACAGUAAUGCAGACUCCAUUAAAAAUUUCCACCACACCUCAGCUAUCAAUUGAUGCUCAGAAGAUUGAAGAAAGAACUAUGAGGCAGUGUAUUCUAAGACCUCUGACGCCUUCAUCAAACAAAAAUUCUGUAUGUACUUUGUCAGAUAGGUUAAAAACGAAAGGUGCAAGAGCUGGGGAUUCUAAUGGUUCUACCAAAACUGCACCCCAACUGUCAGCACAGUCUUCCAAUAACUCUGUUCGUACUCCAGUCAAAUCUGAGGUUGCCAAGCCAUCUCAACCAGGAUCCUUCCAAGUCCUGACCCGUGAGCAGAAUGGUGCUGCAAAUACCUCAAAAGACUCCACUAGCAAUCCUUUAAGCCCUAUUCUAGGUCGAUCUUCUUCAGUGGAACCACUGAAAAAGCCCCUUGUCAACCAAAAGCUUAAAGGUGUCAUAAAUGGCCUCCCUUUGCAAUUACAACAAGGUCCAUCUGGUGAGAGAAAAUCAAUAACAAAAGCCAAGCAUAAAUUCUUUGAGUUGCUGCGAAGCAAGUCUUUAAAUGGUUCAAGCAUGGGUAUUGAAUCCUCAUCUAGCUUGAUUAAUGAACAGAAGAACCCAUGUCUUGAUUUAUCCUUGUUUGACGCUGGAAUCAAGUGUAUUGAGACUGGAAGUAGUUCUUGUGAGGAUGCAAAUUCUUGUGAUGGGUCUCAGCGACACCUCUCUGACAAUGAGGAAACAAAGGCAUCUUUGGAACCUCUUGAUGUUUUUUAUCGUGAGUCCCAUGGGGUUGCAGCUGUCAAGGAUAGCAACUCUUUAUCAGAUCAUGCUGAUGCCGAAAAUGGAUCUAUGGCGCCUCAGGCAGACAAGGCUGAAGCUACUCUGGCCAUUAUGGCAGCAGAUAUAAAUGAUGGUUCUGCAAAGGCAGACUCCAGCUAUGGUGAUGCCGGUUUGUUGUUUGUGCCCAUUGUAACUGGGGAAGAGGAAUCAUAUCCUACUGAAGAUGAACCCAGUCCAGAAGAAAUGGCUUUCCUGAAAUCUCUUGGCUGGAAAGAAGACGAAGUAGUUCCGCCUCUGAAACAGGAAGAGAUAGCUGAUUGUGUAAGUUUUGUUAUGUUUCUUAUUCUAGUUCAUCAACAUUAUUUGGCUUUCAGUACACACUCAUGUGCUUAA